AUGGCCGCUGUCUACGCUAGCGUGACUGGGAAGGAGUUCGCGAGGGGGGUGACACUGGACGAGGGGAACCGCGUUGUGCGCGUUGACGCUGCCAUGCCAUCGCUCUCUACCCUCCAGGUGGGUAUGGUGGUGCGCUCCAUUGGUGGGGUGCCAGUAGGGGAUGGCCGAGCCGAGCAGGCCCGCCACCGCAGCAACCACUCCCAGGUGCUGGUGGUGCUCGGUGCGCCAACCAAGGACGAGUUUGAUCUAAGUUCUGACGAGGAGUCCGCAGCGGAUUUUAAGCCUCUGUCGGCCAUUCCUCCGCUUCCGGCAGAGUUUAGUAAUAGUGUAGCGCAGAACAGCUCGGCUGUCGUCUACGAGGCCGCGGUAAAGUGUGGGGCGGGUGGUUGUGUCAUCAUCAUGUGUGAGGGAGCCAACCCGGCUCUACCCAUUACUCUGGCGGCUGAAAGAGCAAAGGCGGAGGUCAUGUACAUCGACACGGUGGCGCGCAUGAAGACACGGCAGACUAUCGAAAAUGCUGGAGGGGUGUUGAAGAAGUCUCUUGAGAAGGGUCUGUGGAUCUACGUGGAGCAGGCGACCAAGUCCAUCACGCUACUACGCCAGAUUAGCGACUGCAUCAUAGAGGUCCGGGCAGCGGGCAAGAUGCACCCCCAGUCUCGUGUGUUGCUCAUGUGCGAACCGCAUCCCCACUUCCCCGAGGCGCUGAUGCGCGGCAGCGUGACGCUUCGCAGCCGGCUGCAAAACAACAACAUGGCGGAGGUGGACAUACGCGAAGACCUGUCGGAGAGCACGCACCGAAAGCGAGCUAUCCACGGCGAUGAGAUUCUCUCCAGCGAGGCCAUUGCGAAGCCUGAGGUCACUGCCACCCGAAAGAAGGUGCGCAUCUCGAAUCAGGUGAACAUUGUCAAUCUCGAGAAGAGCACCUUCAUGGAGAUGAGCGCGAGUGCGCAACCCAUGGCGGAAUCUACUGCGUCCAGCGACGGCAUCUCGCGUGUGGCUAAAUACUCCUUCGGCUCGAACGAAAACUUGAUCUCUCUCGCUUACGUGAGAGACCACCGCUUUGCUAUCGGCACGAACAGCGGCUACGUCGUCCUCAUCGACCGCAACGGCCUUCCGCUGAUCCAGUUCCGGCCACACAAGGCGUGCAUCUGGGAUGUCAGUUUCUCUUCUCAGUUCGACUUUGCCACCGCCUGUGAGGAUGGCACGAGUGUCAUCUACAACUACUCGCUGACGAACCAGGAGCUGACGACAGUCUCCGUUGCCUCCUUCCAAAACGACGUGUUUGCCGUGACGUAUGCAAACCCCAAUGAUGUGACUAGCGCGGUGCUGUCCGGAGGGCUCAGCGCCACUGUCUGUGUGUUGCAUUCAGACCGGCAAAACAGCUCUUUCAUUGCAUGUCGAACGUCUAUUCAAGCCAUGUGCGCUACCCAGGCAAACCAAGCGAUCGUUGGCGGCGGAACCGGCGCCUGCACCCUUAUCGACAUCAACCACUGCGUUGUGACAGAUAUAUCUCAGUCUCACAAGAAGAAGGUACCAGCAGUCGGCACACACGGCAGCUUAGCCGUGACUGGCGGCUUCGACUGUUCCUUGCGUCUCUGGGAUGUGCGCAACGGCUUCCAUCUAGUAUCACAGCAGCAGCUGAGCGAGGUGAUCACAGCGGUGGCGAUGAAUGACCGCUACGUCGCCGCGUGCAGCGGCUCGAGCCUGUACUUAUGGGACCCUCGUAAAAUGGACCGCACGCUGGCGCUGAAGGCAAAUGCCUGGAAGGACUUGACGCGUGGACUCCUGCUAGAUGGCAACACGAUUGUGACCGCCUCCGUGGACGGCGUAGCACGCAUCUGGGAGGUAAACUAA